CUCCGCAAGUCUGUGGUUCUCACCAGCAACUUCGCCAAGUCCGUGGUCAACCUGGCCGACAUGAUCUACAAGGAGCAGCUCAACACCCGCAUCGUGCUGGUGGCCAUGGAGACGUGGGCCUCAGAGGACCGGAUCCGGAUGGGGGAAGACUCCCUGGAGACCCUGAACGAGUUUGUGAAGUACCGGCACGAGGGGCCGGCGGAGCACAGCGACACCGUCCACCUCUUCUCGUACGAGCCGCGCGGCGUGUCCUGCCGGGAGGCCGUGAAUGAGUGUGACAUCCCCGAGAGCUGCACCGGGGACUCCAGCCAGUGUCCCCCCAACCUCCACAAGCUGGACGGCUACUUCUGCGAAAACGAGCAGGGACGAUGCUACGGCGGGCGCUGCAAAACCAGAGACCGGCAGUGCAACGCGCUGUGGGGCCGCGGCUCGGCCGAGCGUUUCUGCUACGAGAAGCUCAACGUGGAGGGGACCGAGAGGGGCAACUGCGGGCGCGAGGGCCUGGGCUGGCUGCAGUGCAACAAGCAGGACGUCCUCUGUGGCUUCCUCCUCUGCGCCAACAUCUCAGGCGCGCCCCGGCUGGGCGGGCCCAGCGGCGAGAUAGGGGGGGGGUGGCGGGUAACCCAGGGUCACACGCUCUCGCCAUCCCGGCACAGGGGAGGCCACGUGCAGCUUGUGGACGGCUCGGACCUGAGCUACGUGGAGGACGGGACGCCCUGCGGGCCCGGCAUGCUGUGUCUCGACCGCAAAUGCCUUCCAGCCACCGCCUUUAACUUCAGCUCCUGCCCCGGCAGCUGGGACGGGAAGAUCUGCUUCGACCACGGGGUUUGCAGCAAUGAGGGCAAGUGCAUCUGCCGGGCCGAGUGGACGGGGAAGGACUGCAGCGUCUACGACCCCAUCCCAGAGCCGAAGCCGACGGGGGAGACGGAGCGAUACAAGGGUCCCAGUGGCACCAAUAUCAUUAUCGGCUCCAUCGCGGGGGCCGUGCUGGUGGCCGCCAUCGUCCUAGGGGGGACAGGCUGGGGAUUUAAGUAA